AUGUCAGAAGCCAAGACAGACAAGGUACAAAUCAAACCAGCAGAAAGUUUUGAACAUGACAAGCAAAAUGUUUCUUGGCUGAAGAAAGAACCGGACAGCCCCAUCCUACAGCCCCUUGGAGACUCAGACAGCUGCACCAGCUCCCUGCCUCUCCCGGUGCUCCCUGGGGUGACUCCGAGCAGCGAGGACCAGCCAGAUAACCAGCUUGCAAAUGAAAAACAUACAGAUGAAAAGCCUAUGAAAGGCAUGGUUAUGAGUUCUGUCACAGAAUUCAGCAUCACAGACACUUCAUCAAAGGUUACCAAAAAUGAGAAGAAAUUCUCAAAUGCGAGCACAUCGUCCAUUGCUUCCCUGGAGAAAUGCACAGAAUUCGCUUACAUUGAAGAUGACGCAUCAGUACAUCAGAGAGACAGCGACGAUGAAUGUGCGACACUUAUCCUGGCCUGCUUGUUCUGCCAAUUUUGGGACUUUCUUAUAAUGCUGCCUGAUACCUGUGAACAUUGGCUGACAGAUACCUGUUGUCCAUCCAAUAGAUACUACCAGACCUCCAAUGAAGACCACGCCAACAAUGACUGCAACUGUGACUGUGACAUUGAUUGCAGUCUUUUUGAGUCCUGCCAUGAGACUGGUGAAUGCCUGGAACUUGCCAUGGAGAUUUCUGAAGUCUGCUAUCGCUAA